AUGCCCGUAUGCUCCAGGAAAAAGCCCGAAGACCCAAGUGUCCACUGGAAGCCCACGUGGCCUGCCUACCGCCUCCCUGUCGUCUUGCCCCAGUCCACCCUCAACUUAUCCAAGCCAGACUUUGGGGCUGAAGCCAAAUUGGAGGUGUCCUCUUCGUGCGGGCCCCAGUGUCAUAAGAGAACUCCUCUGCCCAGCUACGAAGAGGUCAAGCAAUACCUGUCCUAUGAAACACUCUAUGCCAAUGGCAGCCGCACAGAGACCCGGGUGGGCAUUUACAUCCUCAAUAACGGCGGCCGUGGAGCCCAGCGUCGAGACUCGGAGGCUUCAGGACGGUCUCGCAGGAAGCGGCAGAUUUAUGGCUAUGACAGCAGGUUCAGCAUUUUGGGGAAGGACUUCCUGCUGAAUUACCCUUUCUCGACAUCCGUGAAGUUGUCAACAGGCUGUACUGGCACCCUGGUGGCAGAAAAGCACGUCCUCACAGCUGCCCACUGCAUUCACGAUGGGAAAACCUAUGUGAAAGGAACCCAGAAACUUAGAGUGGGCUUCCUGAAGCCCAAGUUUAAAGAUGGUCGCGGCGGCAAUGGCUCGAGCUCAGCCGUCCCAGACAAGAUGAAAUUUCAGUGGAUCCGGGUGAAACGCACCCACGUGCCCAAGGGUUGGAUCAAGGGCAAUGCCAAUGACAUUGGCAUGGAUUAUGACUAUGCCCUCCUGGAACUCAAAAAACCCCACAAGAGAAAGUUUAUGAAGAUCGGGGUGAGCCCCCCUGCCAAACAGCUGCCCGGCGGCAGAAUUCACUUCUCAGGCUAUGACAAUGACCGGCCCGGCAAUUUGGUGUACCGCUUCUGUGACAUCAAAGACGAGACCUACGAUCUGCUCUAUCAACAGUGCGAUGCCCAGCCUGGGGCCAGUGGGUCAGGGGUCUACGUGAGGAUGUGGAAGAGAGGGCAGCAAAAGUGGGAACGGAAAAUUAUUGGUAUUUUUUCAGGGCACCAGUGGGUGGACAUGAACGGUUCCCCACAGGACUUCAACGUGGCCGUCAGAAUCACCCCUCUCAAAUAUGCCCAGAUCUGCUAUUGGAUUAAAGGGAACUACCUGGACUGUAGAGAGGGGUGACCUAGGGUCGCCCUGGCAGCACGUAAGGGUCUUCAUAUACUUAUUUUAGGAAAGGCCAACAUUUGUCAUUGAUGUGUGUAUAUGUGUGUGUGUGUGCGUGUUAUGGGACAUAUGAUACCUUUUACCUAAUGUCUUAAACUUGCAAAAUGACUGGCUUUGUUAUUUGAAAAACUGGUUUGUGUGUCACGUAUCAUUUAAGCCAUUUGAGGGCAUACUUUUGCAUAGAAAUAAAAAGCAUACUGAUGUUUGGGGCCAUGGGGAAUGUUUGGUGACUAAAUUAAUCUUUCACUUUU